AUGGAUUCCAAUGCAGUUUCAUGGUCACCAUUAUGUAUCACUGAAAAUUAUGAUUCAUUUUCAAUUAUAGCAGUUGGCAGUAAAGGAGGAAGCGUAACUUUGUGGAAAUUUAAAGAAGAUGAAAAUAGUGAUGAUUAUUUAAGUUACUUGGAUACAUUGGAUUCGGUACAUAAAUCAUGGGUAACAAUAACUUCAUGGUCAAAAUGGAUUUCUUGUGAUGAAAAUAAAUAUGCAUCAAGUCUUAUUACUGGAAGUGAUGAUGGCUCUGUAUACUUAUGGCGGGUUAUGAUUGAUAAAUCAAAAAGUCCAAUAAAAAAGGAAGAUGAAGAAAUUUCUAUUAUAUUGAAAGUUGAACUUUUCAAUUCUGAUAAUCGAAUUCCUUCAAUAAUUAAAUGGUGCAAUAAUUAUAAUAAUGGUGAAGAAAAAUUGGCAAUUGCUAAAGGGCUUAAGAUCUAUGUUUGGACAUCAUCAUCAAAGUCUUUGUUGAUUAGUAUUGACCAAGGAAUGCCAAUGGUUUAUAUGGUUUCUUUAUCUAAAAUGUUCACGGGUUUAAUUUGGAGUCAUGAUGGAUCCAAAUUACAUAUUUUCACAAUGGAUGGAAAUAAUUGGACAUUGGAGGUUACAAAAAACAAUGGAUUAAAAAUAGAUGAUGAAUUAACAAAUUGCAUUAAUGAAGUUUUAGUUAAUAUAAUUGAAGAACAAGAAUUAAAAGAUGAAGAGGAGGAACGUUGUGAAGAUAAUGACGAAGAUGUAUUCAUUGAUGAUAAUAUGGAUGAUGAAGUAGAAAUGAAUAGUAUUGACAAUGAUGAUGAUGAUUGGUUGGAAAAAGAACCAAUUUUUCUUGGAGUUGAUGGAUCUUGCAAUGGAAUCUUUGCGGUGAUUGUAUUUUGGUUGGAAAGAGCUGAUAUGCAAUAUCGUACAAAUAAUAGCGAGAUUUCACAUUUAAUAUUUUGUCCAACCAUACUUUAUAAUAAUGAAGAAACCCAUGAUUCUUUGAUUUCAAGAAUUAAAGAACUAAUAUCUGACAAAUAUUUUAAUUCAUUACUUGAAAAAUUGAUUGCAAUUUGUAAACAAUCAUAUAAUAACAAUUUAUAUCUAAAUAAUUAUGGCAACGAAGAUGAUGAAGAAUUAACAAAUAUUGAAUCUUUAUAUUUAAUAAAAAGCAUUAAUUUAAAUGAAAUUACUAGACAAUUGAGAGAUAGAUUAUAUGCGAAUGGUUUAAUAAAUUCAUUUAGAAUAAUAAUCUAUUUACUUUUAAAUGUUGUGAAUUUAGGAAUUUCAGAUAAGAAAAAAGCACAUUUUGGAGUAAUAAUUACUGAUUAUUUGAAGAAAAUUGAAAAUCAUUAUUUGAAAAAUGUUCUUUUACUCAUUGUCAAUUGUAUGAAAUCCGGAUUGACUAUUAAUGAGGCAGAUAUAAAGUUCACAUUGAGAUUAUGUGAUUUGUCACUUUUAUGUCAUUCAGAAGAUAAGAAUUUAUUAAAGAUUACAAAAUUUGCAUAUGAAUAUUUGGAUUCUUUAAAAAGUCAAAACUAUGGUAUAUUUGAAUCAUUAGAAAAUGAAAUAUCUUUAGUCACCAAUUUGAUCUCCUCUAACAGUAAAAAAGCAGGUUCUUUUGAGAAAAUAUUGGCCAUAUCCAAUUGA